AUGAAAAUUACAGAAAAGAAGAAAGUAACAGAAAAGAUCAAAGAAAAAACGCGAAAGAAAAAAGAUGAGAUUAAAAAAGAGACAGAAGAACCAGAACCAGAGCCAAAACAGUUAACAGCAGAAGAACAGAUAGAGGAGAAGCUACGAUUAAAGAAAUUACAAGAAGAUUCUGAUCUUGAACUGGCAAAAGAGGCGUUUGGUUUGAAUGUGUCAGGACUUGAUGCAAUGAAUCCAUCCACUAGAGACGAAUUCACAGAGUUUGGCAGAGUACUGAAAGAAAAAAUUGUACAAUAUGAAAAAUCUGUACAUUAUGCUGGUUUCUUAGAAACAUUACUACGGGAUAUUUGCAUAUCAGUAAGUGAAUUAUGUAGCAACUUGUCUUUGCAGAUAGAUGUAUUCAUGCUUUAUGGUAUUGGUAAAGACGAAUAUGGUAGUGUUGUACACUUUGUGAAAGUUGUUUUAAAGCAGAGUGUUGUGUUUGACUUGUCUCGAGACUGUAACAUUGAAACACUUUUUUUUUCUAAAACAAUUUCUGUUCUUACUCUACAGCAAAGCAAAGCCAAAAAGAAGAAAAAAGGUCCGUUGCCUGGUGGUGGCAUGAAAGCGAACAUGAAAGACAAUCUGGCAGACUAUUUAGAUUAUGAUGGGGAAUUUGCACAAGAGUUUGAAGACUUCAUGUGAUAUCUUUUGCCAUCUUUUUCUCAUGUGGUCCUUUACUGUGCAGCAGAACUUUUCCUGGAUCCUGCCCAAGCUACAGCCAAAAUGCAAUGCCCCUGAAUAUACUGAUCCUAAGAUUUACAGGUAACAUUCAAAAUGGUGGUCCUUUUAGGAAUCGUGGAAGGUGGGCAUUGCCAUCAAUGUUUUAAACAGUUUUAAAAAUCAGAAAUUUUGCAGCCAACAUCUUCGUAAAGACCGGCAAGAAUUUGGAAGUUGCAUUUGCAUUAUACUGUAGCACUUGGCCCUGUUAAACCUUAGAAGUAAUUGGUAAACUGCAGAGGUACAUUUCAAGUCUUUGUUGCACAUCUACAAGUUGACAGCAUUGGCAUUUGACUACAAGUACUGAAAAUGAUGUGUACACUAGCUAAAAUGAGGGAUACUGCAUCUCCAGCAUGGCAUUAAUGGACUUCCAUUGGAAAGCGCAGUUUUUCUGGGUACAUUCUCUGAAGGCAUUGAAAAAAUUUGCAGGAUCUCUGGUUACUUUAUCUUAAUAAACUGAUCCUUUGGAGGUCUCUAAUUUAAUAUAGAUCCAAGUAUUGUCUUCAUAAAAAAAAGCAUGUGGUCUUUUUGUUUGAAGGUAGCUUCUAAUUUGAAUUUCUGAAAGUCAAUUUUUAUUGCUAAACAAGUGUGUCAUACAAAAAAAUGAGUCUAGUAUUUUUGUGCAGAGGGAAUGCUUAGUUUAUAUUUGUAAGCAUAGUAUUUACUGCACAGUGUGGGAGUUCAUUGAACACAAUUUAUUUUGAUACAGUGGAUGAUACAAGAAUAAUCAAGAGGAUUUUUUCCAGUUUGUUUGCAUCUUUAACAGAUCUUACAGGUAUGCCUUGGUUUUCAUUGUUAGCAAGACAUGCUUAGCAAACUGCAUCAGUUAAUAAAGUUGGGCUGGCACAUAAAGCAAAACGUUA